UUGGCGGCAGCACGUAACUUCAAAAGCAAGUUCAUCCCCACGGCGUUUAUGAAGGUUCGAAGAGCGAAGAAAUUUGUUCCCAUCGAAUUCCGCCGUACGAGAACCAAGAGCAACCCGGUCUGGGUCAGCGUUUCUAGUACAGCAAUCCCCUCCAGCGCAAAACAAACCUCCGGAUGUCUCAAUACUGACUCUCUAAGGAAGUGUCGCAGCCUGACCCAGUUUAUACAACAUCGACCCUAUUCCAAAGGUUGCAACGUUGGCUGCCCGUGCCCGUUUCCUUGUGGGCCCUGCGGCGGCAAGGACGGAUGCAAUUGCCUUCCCCCACCAUGCAACACACCACCUAAAUGCCUCCAAUACAUGACCGGCUACUACUACUACCCUUACGGCACCUGGUUCUGCGGUCCAUAUCACGUACAAGGGACCUGCUGUCCCGUGGGAUCGAAAGCUCCUUGUCCUUGUGCAUGCCCUUGUCCGAAAUGUGCUUGCUUAUUCCCGACCGCAGGCUUGGGAGCCGAGACGACGAAACCGGAACAGAAGCCCAAACCGAACGUACGCAUAUUUUCUUACGACCAGCCAAAACAGAGUGACGUUCAACCCGCCUCUGGCAUUUCGAAGAUAUUUAACUUUAAAACUCCCGAACAAAAGGACCAAAAGGAAGAUCCAAAACCCACUAAGAAAAACGUGCCUCCUGUACUUGCGUCUAUGCUCUCUCCCAACUUAACGCCAAUGAACAAUAAGCUUCCACAUCCAAAUAUAAAACCUUCGUAUCCUAUAUCAAGUAACAAGACAAAAUCCAAUUCGUACCACACAAAGGCUGCUCCCUGGUCGUCGAAUCAACUGUACAGAACGCCUAUUAAGGAGCCGCGUAGAGACAGAUUUAUUUAUUACCCAAAGAGAUAUAAAGUGACAAGGCCUUUGGAAUUCAACAUAGUGUUAAGGGAUCACCAAAACAAGUUGGGCCUAUUUAACUGUACACCGCAGCCCAGGUUUAAAAAAAAUAAUCCCAAGCCCCAUGUAGACGCUAACUUCAAACCUUACGAUUUCUAA